ACAAUGCCCUAAAUAAUACAAUGUGCGUUUGGCACGAGUGAUGCACCAGACAGGUGCUCAAAAUAAUUCGAAGAAGACGGUGCAUGAAACAGAAGAGUUAGAGAGCACGAUCGAACUGGAACAUUAACUAGACACAUCAAUGAGGCUACCAAUCUCCCAGAAAGUCAAGCUCGCUAUAGAUACAUGAUGAGCAGAUCAAGUUGAGUAGUAGACGAGUUGCAGAGUAUUAUUUGGCUCGCGGGAGACAUGGCGGGCUCCAAGAACAGCCGCUCUCUGCCUCCGGUUGUCGUCUUCCUCCUCGGGGCGGCCUCGGCCACCGUGCUGCUCCUCUUCUUCCUCACGGCGACGGCGAGGCCCUCGUGGCCAGCGAUGGAGAGCGCUCCUCAGAGAAGGCAAGAGGUGCCUGGCUCGGCUAGCGUAAGAUCUCCUCCAGCUAAUGAGCUCGGUGAUCGGUUGGUGCCGGGAUUUUGCUUGCAGACGGGCGCCGUCGAGGACGAUGAGUUCGCUCGGAUGCUGCGGCGGGCGGCGAUGGACGACCGGACGGUGAUCAUGACGUCGGUGAACGAGGCGUGGGCGGCGCCGGGGUCGCUGCUGGACUCGUUCCUGGAGAGCUUCCGCGUGGGCCAGAACGUGUCCCACUUCGUGAAGCACAUCGUGGUGGUGGCCAUGGAUGGCGGCGCGUUCCGGCGGUGCCAGGCCGUGCACCCGCACUGCCACCUCCUCCGGCCGGAGAAGGAGGGCCUGGACCUCUCCGGCGCCAAGAGCUACAUGACCAAGGACUACCUCGAUCUCGUCUGGAGCAAGCUCAAGCUGCAGCAGCGCGUCCUCGAGCUCGGCUACAACCUGCUCUUCACGGACGUUGACUUGGCGUGGUUCCGGAACCCGCUGGAGCACAUCACCAUGGCGGCGGACAUCACGACGUCGAGCGACUUCUACUUCGGCAACCCGGACGACCUCGGCAACUUCCCCAACACGGGCUUCAUCUACUUCAAGUCGAGCGCCAAGAAUGCCCGCGCCAUGGCCUACUGGCACGCGGCGCGGCGUCGGUUCCCGGAGAACCACGACCAGUUCGUGUUCAACGAGAUCAAGCGCGAGCUCGUGUCGCGGCUCGGCGUCCGGAUCAAGUUCAUCGACACCGCUGCCGUCAGCGGCUUCUGCCAGCUCGGGAGGGACCUGAACCGGAUCGCCACCGUGCACAUGACCUGCUGCAUCGGCCUCGAGAAGAAGCUGCACGACCUCAAGGGCGUGAUCAGGGACUGGAAGCGGUACAUGGCACGGCCGCUGUGGGAGCGCCAGAUGGGGAAGAUCGGAUGGACCUUCGAAGGCGGAAAGUGCAUCCACUAACGAGCUGGGCGAGAAUUGGUUCAUCGUGCUCACUUUAUUUGGGAAUUGGGGUGGCACAGUUGUUUGUUCAUACUUCCGAAAUUGGUAUACGUGUUAUAUGAAGUAUGUAGUUGAAUUUAAACUACCUUUUUUCUAGGUUCGUUAAUCGAAAUGUGCAGUGUUUGUUUUGAAUCCUAAAAAUUACAUAGCAAUCGUCUUCGUCGAACAGUCCCUCUUGUAUGCCAAAUUAUUAGGUUCAUGUACCAUCUUCGCAAUAAUCAUGUGCCUAGCUGGCCGAUCCUGUUCUUUUUCUCUA